CAAUGGUGGAUUCAGAUUCAGCGAACCCUAACACCGGUUGAAGAAGAAGAUGGCGAUGAUGGAAGGGGUGCAGAAGAACACUCUCUACGUCGGAGGGUUAGCGGAGGAGGUCAACGAGUCAAUCCUCCACGCCGCCUUCAUCCCCUUCGGCGACAUCAAAGACGUGAAGACGCCGCUCGACCAGGCCACACAGAAGCACCGCUCGUUCGGCUUCGUCACGUUCCUCGAGAGAGAAGACGCCGCCGCCGCCAUGGACAACAUGGACGCCGCCGAGCUCUACGGCCGCGUCCUCACCGUGAAUUACGCCCUCCCGGAGAAAAUCAAGGGCGGUGAACACGGUUGGGCUGCGCAGCCAAUUUGGGCGGAUGCGGAUACGUGGUUUGAGCGGCAGCAGCAGGAGGAGGAGAUGCGGCGGUUGGAAGCUGAGAGUCGAGCGGCGAAUCAGGCUGCUGAGGAUUUGCGGAGGAAGCAAGCUGUUGAGGAUAGAGAAGGGGAGAAAGAUGAUGCAAUGGAGGUUGAUCCUAUGGCAAAGGCUGAAGCUGAGGUUCUUCAACAGAAUCAGUAGCUUGUGAGAUCAAUCUGAUCAGAGAAAUAGAAAUUGCUGUAGAUGAUUCUGAUACAAGAUGAUAAUUGCUAGGGGCUUGCUUCCCAGUGAAAUUGUGUGUUCUUCCCUGUUUUUCUGCCUUGCUUGUAUUGUGAAGAUUCUAGCAUGGGAACUGCACUACUAUAGUUGUGUCUUGAAAGUUGAAACAGAUAGCUUCUGAUAUAGUUCUAGAAUUUAGGAUGGUUGAUUUCAAACAUGUUUUGGAUGAUUGUGAAAUCAAGAUGAAGAAUGAAAUUAAGUGUAUGUUUGGUUUCA